CUAAUGAUUUAUCAGGUGAUAAUAAAACAGAACAACAUAUAGAAGGAACUAAUCGAAAUAUUGAGGAGGCGGCUUAUCCUGCCGAAGCAUAUGAUGUUUCAGAUUGUGAACAUGACUUAAACAACAGCGAAAAGGGUAAAAGUCGUAGUGAUCUUGACUCAAGAACCGAGAGUCCUUAUGGAUCAUGCUCUCCAAAUAACGGGAUUAAUGAUUAUAAUAAAUAUGGGUUGGGUAUGGGUGCAGGAAACGAUUUUUUCUCCAGCAAAGGAAUUAAUUAUAGUUUGAAUUAUCCACAUAUACCUGGCAGUGGUAAUCGGUGUUCGCGAACAAUUUAUACUGCAUGGAGUUUAGAUAACCUAAUCCCCGUAUCUAAGGAGGAAAUUGAGGACAUUUUCAUUGAUCUUACCAAUAAAUUUGGGUUUCAAAAAGAUAGCAUGCGCAACAUGUUUGAUCAUUUCAUGUGUAUAUUAGAUUCUCGCGCUUCUCGAAUGGCCCCAUCGCAGGCUUUAUUGACUCUUCAUGCCGAUUAUAUUGGUGGGGAGCAUGCUAAUUAUCGCAAGUGGUACUUUGCAACUCAAAUGUAUUUAGAUGAUGCUCUCUCUGAUGUAGGCGUUGGAAUAAUUAUCCAUGAUCAAAAAAAUGUUAAUCUUUAUGAACAGUGGAAUCAACGCAUGAAUAGAAUGUCUCAGCAUGACCGUGUUCGCCAACUCGCGUUAUGGCUUUUAUUAUGGGGUGAAGCUGCACAGAUUCGUUUUACUAGUGAAUGUUUAUGUUUUAUAUUUAAAUUGGCAGAUGAUUAUGCCAAAAGUCCAGAAUAUAAAGUAAAAGUGCUGCCUGUUCCUGAAGGUGAAUAUCUUAAAGAUGUCAUUACUCCACUCUACAAAUAUAUUCGUGAUCAAAGUUAUGAAAUCAUUGAUGGAACGUUCGUCAAGAGAGAAAAAGAUCACGCUGAUACAAUCGGUUAUGAUGACAUAAAUCAAUUAUUUUGGUAUCAUGAGAGCAUCAAUCGUAUUGUUUUACAAGAUAACGGAACUCCUCUUAUGGCUUUACCUUUAAGUAAGCGUUAUAAAAUGCUUUCCCAAGUAAACUGGAAUCGUGUUUUUGAGAAGACUUAUAAGGAAAAGCGCACAUGGUUUCAUCUUGCCGUCAAUUUUACACGUAUAUGGAUUAUUCAUGUCGCAGCCUUUUGGUAUUAUACUGCUUAUAAUGCUUCGUUCCUUUAUACAGACCCCGAAAAACCUGAGCUGGCGGUUCAAUUGUCAAUCGUAGCUCUUGGUGGCGCAGUGUCCACCUUGUUCAUGAUU